AUGACCAACAGCUCCAUCUGCCCUGAAACAGACCUCAAGCCCUUCUAUGCCAUUACUUACACUUUCAUCCUGAUCCCUGGGCUGAUAGGAAACACCUUAGCUCUGUGGGUCUUCUACGGGUACAUGAAGGAGACCAAAAGGGCCGUCAUCUUCAUGAUCAAUUUAGCCAUUGCCGACCUGGCCCAGGUCUUGUCCUUGCCCCUGAGGAUCUUCUACUACUUGACGGGGACGUGGGAAUUCGGGGGAGGCCUCUGCAUGCUUUGCUUCUACCUGAAGUACGUGAACAUGUACGCCAGCAUCUACUUCUUGGUCUGCAUCAGCGUGAGGAGAUACCUGUUCCUCAUGCACCCCUUCAGGUUCAGCGACUGCAGGCGCAUCUGUGACAUCUACAUCAGCAUCGUGGGCUGGGUGGUGGUCUGCGUUGCCUGCUUGCCCUUCCCCCUCCUCAGGCUCCAAAAGGAGGCCAAAAACACCUGUUUUGUGGAUCUCCCCGUGCAGGAGGUCGACCUUCCCAUCUCCAUCGCCAUGAUGACGAUGGCGGAGCUGGUGGGCUUCGUCACCCCCCUCCUCAUCAUCUCCUACUGCUCCUGGAAGACUGUUUUGUCCCUGAAAGAGAAGAAUUCUGCUUCCCACGACCUGGGGGAGAAAAAAAAGGCUUUGAAGAUGAUCCUCACCUGCGCGUUGGUGUUCCUCAUUUGCUUUGCCCCUUACCACAUCAGCUUUCCCCUGGAUUUCUUUGUCAAAACCAAAAAGAUCCGAAACGGGUGCGUGCAGAAGGUGAUCUCCGUGUUCCACGUGGUAGCCCUGUGCCUGGCCAGCCUCAACUCCUGCGUGGACCCCAUCAUCUACUACUUUACCACGGAUGAGUUCAGGAGACGCCUCUCCAGGCAGGAUUUGCAAGACAGCCUCCAGCUCCACCACCUCAGUUACGGGAGGAAGAACUCCAGGGACGUGCUCAGGGAGGACACCACAGACUGCUAG